CAUCGCUUACCAUCAGGCAAAUGGCAAGCUCGUCUCGUCAUUCAAAGCAAUAAAAAAGGCAAGCCUUAUUGCCCUAUCGGACAUAUGCCAGACUCUGGGCUGAUACCCGACCCGUGGAUUGAACCUGAGACUUCAGCAUUAUAAUACAACUGCGCUUCGGUGGAGUUUCGUGGUACAUGUUGUAUUUAGUUGUAUUCAAAUCAUUGUAAUCCUCAACGUGAGAUUAGUACUGUAAAAUUUCAUAAAUGCCACGUAUGGCAAAGUAUUGCAGUUACUUAUUGUAAACCUCCACACAAUAAAUAGUUAUAUAAUAAUUAAAACGAUACGAAUACUGUUUGAAAAGAUGUAUUUUUAAAUAACAUUAUAAUGUAAUUCAUAAUUAAAAUUUAUGAAGUGCCCGAGAGUAAAAUAAUGUUCAGUUUAUGCCUUUUUAGUUGAAUUAAAUGGAUUAUCGAUUGAUUGACGAACCAUCACAACAAUUCCUUGUCAUCAAAAUAUGGAGUGUAAGUCAACUAUUUCAAAAAAAUAUCCCGCCAUCCCGCGUAACACCAGGAAUUAAUCUGCAAUAUAGUAAAUCAUUAUGUUUAUUUUUGGGCUUUAUUUUAAUUCCAUUUUGAAUAACAUUUCUUAUCUAAAACAAAAAUAAUAUAUAUCUACUAAACCACGUGUUCACGAGAGGAAGACCUUCUAGAGACGAUUAUAAAAUAGGUAAAAUUAAGAGCGCAUAAAACAUUUUCUUCAAUAAUAUCGUCUCCAAAGAUUUGUUCAGACUAAACAUGUUUCAUUUCAUUAGGUAGCGUAUAUUUGCAUAAGUUUGUAUAAAAACAGCCAGGAAGUAACGCUGAAUUCACACCAAAAUGUGCUACCGUCUGCUAAUUGGGGUUGCGGCGCUCUGCAUCCAAUUGAGCUAUGCCGCCGAGUGUGACAAGUGCCCGGUGAAGGUAGAGCUGGACUCGGGGCCGGUGUGCGGGCGCGUACUGCUCGCGGAGAACUCCACGCAGUACCACAGUUUUCGAGGGAUCCCGUAUGCGAAGCCGCCAGUAGGCAACAGGCGCUUUAGGGCUCCUGAAUCCCCUGAUCCUUGGACAGAACCAUUAGAUGCGUCAGUGGAAGGACCAGCAUGUCCUCAAAGGGAUAUUUUCUAUGGCAUACUGCCAAUGCAAAUCAGAGGGCAGAGUGAGGACUGUCUCUACGCCAAUGUCCACGUGCCAGCAAACGUAGACUGCUCAGGUGACGGUGAUUCGGGCCUCCCGGUGCUGGUGUUCAUACACGGAGGAGCCUUCACCUCCGGCUCAGGGAAUAGUGACAUGUACGGACCUGAAUAUCUGGUGCGCGAGGGUGUUGUUAUCGUCACAUUCAAUUAUAGGUUGGGCGUGUUUGGAUUCCUGUCACUUAACACAGAGGAGGUGCCUGGUAAUGCCGGUCUGCGCGAUAUGAUAGAACUUCUGAAAUGGGUGCAGAGAAACAUCCGCGCGUUCGGUGGCAAUCCUGAUAAUGUCACGCUCAUGGGGCAAAGCGCUGGGGCUGCCAGUGUACAUCUACUGUCGAUUUCUAAGGCCGCCAAAGGACUGUUCAAACAAGUAAUACAGUUGAGUGGUACAGCUGUUCCAAGCUUCUUCACAGGUUCUCGCGCGUAUUCUGACAACGUCAAUAAAAUGUUCUUCACCGAACUCGGCAUCGAGAGCACAGACCCCGCUGCCGUGUACCAACAGUUACUGAACACGCCUCUCAAUCAACUCAUUUAUGCCAGCGAGAAAGUGCAGUACAACACUGGACUCUGUACCUUCGUGCCAAUCAUUGAAGACGAAAUUACCGGUGUUACCAGAGUCCUGGAGGAUGAUCCAAUAAAUCUUAUAGGCGAAGGUCGUGGUAAAGACUACCCGACACUGCUCAGUUUUACCACAGACGAAGCGGAAGUCUUCCGUUAUCUCAUACUGGUAUUUAACCUCGUGGAGCGCGCCCAACAGAACCCAGCGCUGGGGCUGCCCCCGAGGAUAUCGUUUGGCGUGCCAGCAGAAGAAGCGGCAACGUUGGCGGCGGCACUUCAGCAAAAGUAUUUAAACGGCACGGUGACAUUGGAUGCUUUGAUAAGUGUACUUACCAACAGUUUAUUUAAUCAUGCAGCAUUCAAAUUUGCGGAAUGGAGAUCACUGCUGGGUGGAGCUCCACUGUAUUUCCAUCAGUUUUCUUACAAGAGCGAGUUCAGUCCCUUAAAAUAUGGUUUGUGGAUAGACUAUGACGGCGCCGCCCACGCCGAGGAUUUGACAUACAUCUUGCGAGUAAAUUCAGCGCUUCAAGACUACGUUUCCUUCCCACCCAAAACAAAAGACGACAAUAUGAAAGAGUGGAUGACAAACAUGAUAAUUAACUUUAUUCGCUGCAGUAAUCCAACUUGCAUGGCCGAUGACGUUUCCCCAUGGCCACCAGUGAGCAAAGACAACAUCCGCUACCAGGAUUCUGUCGGCCCAGCAUACAAGCUUACCGAGAUGACUCCGGAGCAAACAGACAUGGUGCAAUUUUACGACAGCAUCGACGCCCAGAUCAGGGAAAUGACGGAGAAGUUGAAAAAAUAAACAUCUAUUAUUAGUUAAAUUAAAGUUAGUUUAAUCGUUCGACAUUGGUUUAACUAACGACUAUAACUGGACCAAUGCUCUUCAACAAUUCCGUAUACAUAUAUGUUAUGUUUAUAUCAUUGUCGUUUUGACUAUAUUUUAUAAUUAUUAAUGUAAAUUAGUAUUAGAAACAUCAACACAAAGUAAAA